UUAGGUCCCCAAACCUGUCUGACAGGUUUUGAAACUUUCGAGAUCAGGUCCUAGAGACAAGUAUUGUCAUUGAACAUGGCUUGCUAUUUUGGGCACAAUUCCUUCAGUACUCCAACACCCAAGAAAGCAAGGCGAGUCCACCUGGGUUGGGUGUGUGUUGAAACCAGGAAUUCAGAGGUACAGUUUGAUGCCGGUGGCUGGCAUUGGGAUGGAAUAACAAAACUCUGCUUCCAGGAGUCAUCGUCAAACAAUAGACACAAAAAGUCAAGGCUCUUGUAGGGCUCUUGGCGACUUUUGUGCCCAAAUUAGACAGGAACUACCUGCUGCAAUGGCCUUUUUUGGGGCGAAUAUUAAGGUUGUGGCUUUGCUAUCUUUGGCCCUUCUUCCUGUGAUUUCCUUGGGUCAAACGCUAUCGACCCAGACAUGUUCGACUGAUGGGAGUGCAGUGGUACAGCAAGGGGCCACAGCGUGGAUCAUCGGCAUCAUUUCGCUCAAUGAGGAGGGGUCCAGUGGUUACGGAUGUGGAUCUCCAGGAGACGGGUCUAUGCACUCCUACGAAGCCAUGAGGCUGGUUCUGGAGCUGCUCAACAAGAAGAACGGGACUCUGGGUACCACCAGACUGACUGACAGCUACGUGCCUGGGAUCAAACUUGGCAUGAAGGUGAAGAAUUACUGUAGCAACGAGAAGUCAGCCGUAGCAGCGGUGAGUGAGUACUUCCCUCAACUAUCAGGUGAUGGAGAAUCGUGCACGAGGGAUGUAGACAAUCUCACGCUGGGCAUCAUCGGUGGCUCCACGUCUGACGUGGCCAUGGCCCUGUCAGAGGAAGCGGCCCCAUUCCACAUCCCUGUCAUCUCGUACGAGGCCACAGCGCCACAGCUGACCGUGCCUGGCAAGUACACAAACUUCAUGAGGACCAUAUCUCCUGAUGGACCUCUCAUAGAGGUGAUUGUCCAACUGAUGAAGAAAAUGAAUUGGGAAUUUGUGGCCAUUGUCUAUGACUCUGGAACGUACGGUCGCUCGGCGUACUCUGAGCUGCACGCCAGGCUGAAGGAUGCUGACAUCUGUCUAACUGCUGGCAUCAUGAUAGAUGACAGCGACGAGACCACAGCUAGCGACACGUUAUCUCAGGUUCUCAACACCGGCACGACCGGCGUGGUGUUUUUUGGAUCCCCGGCCUAUGCCAGGGCUCUUGUGGAGAGGGGAGAUAAUAGGUUACCUGAUUCUGGCCGGCUCCAGUGGUUGUUUGCUGACUUGAACCUGGAGAUGACCUUCCCUGCGUCCAGUGUGUACCAGCACGGCAUUAUAGCGGUCACUGCCGCAUCCAGAUUUAUCGUGGAGUUUGAGGACCACUGGAUGCGCAUCAACGAGCGGCGCGUCAACUCGCUGCAGGCCCUAGAGAACCCGUGGUUCAGACCCUGGUUCGAGGAGCGGAACGCCUGUAGCUUCAACCCUCUGACCACUGGUCUGAGAGACUGUGCUACGAUCUAUGGGACCAUGACGGCCGAUGAGAUUGAGGACAUGAAACGUCGCGCGUUCCAACAGGACCAGUAUGCCGAGGCAGCUGUGAUGGCCGUGUACACGUACGCGUAUGCUCUACGAGAGGCACAGAUGGACAAAUGUCCUGGUGUGUCUGGUUUCUGUCCUGCUCUGGUUGCCAUGGAGAGACAAGAGUUCUUCAACGAUUAUCUGAAAAAGGUCAAUCUGAGAUUCAAGACGACAGAGCGCAUCCCAACUCUGGGCACAUAUGAUGUAGCACCCUACUACUCCCCCAAACGUUUACGUUUCAACGCGAAUGGAGAUCUGGCAGAGGCUUCGUACUUUAUUUGGAACUACAAUGAUAUCGAGUCUGGGAACAGGCAGAGCGAUUUCAAAUUCAGAAGGGCUGGCAGUUACGUUGACGGUACUCUUAUCCUGAACAAUGUGGCAAUGUACUCGGAGGAUCGCAAGACCCGCCUCUCCUCCCUCCCCCCCUCUCCAUGCCCGUCGGCUGGCUGUGGCACUUGUCUAGGUCUCCCGGCUGACCUCAAGUAUUACUACACCCCAGGCGAUGUUGUGAUCAGUGGAACAUUCUCUCUCCAUAAGAUGGGCUCCACGCCCAUCAGCUGUGGCGGAAGGAUUUCUGUGAACCAGUACCAGUACAUGGAGGCCAUGAUCUACGCUGUGAACCAGAUCAACAAUGACCCUUCUAUCCUCCCGAACUUGAAACUGGGAGGUCUGGGGUUUGACGACUGUAGCAGUUCAGCUCUCAGUCAGUCCUUCCUGGCUCAGGUCCAAAGAGGCAACAUUGUCAUCAAGAGCAGUGGAGGUGAAGAACUAGACCCCCGGACAGUUGAAGCCUACACAGCAGCCUAUUCCUCUCCCCUUACCCUGCCCCUUGCCGAGGCCAUGAAUAUGCUAAUGAGGCCCAUGGUCGGCUACCGGGCGGGCAGCUCUGAGCUGGAUGAUGACCGGAGAUAUCCAUAUUACAUCCGUGCCUUGCCAGGGAUUUAUGAGGAGAUCAAGGCGAUGAUCUUGUUGUUGAAACAGUGGAACUGGAUGUAUGUGCAGCUGGUCACUUCAGACAUGCACUACUCCCAAAACGCAGAAAAAGUUUUCCGGGAACUCUCAGCGAAGGAGGGAAUCUGUGUCGUGGCCUCCCACAACAUCGGCACAGACGUGGAUGGGGCAGAGCGCAUGCUGAUGGGCCUUCAGGCAAACAAGGCUGUCUCUCCGACAAUCUCCCUGCUAGACUCUCACGACAACCAAAGGUUCCUGGCUAUUUUGGCCAACAACACGGCCAUCAGACGUGACCUGGCCAUCCUGGCAACCACCUCGUGGGGAACGAGUGAGAUGAUUGUGGAUGGGUUUGAGGAUGUUGCGAAUCGAGUUAUCAGUCUCAGCCUACGUCACUCGACCUUGGGCAACUUCCGGAACUAUUUGAGUGGCCUACAGGUACAGACGUACACAAGCAAUCCCUGGUUCAGUGAGUGGUACAUGGCCGUACACUCCUGUACACUGGGAGUUCCCUCUGAUGGCGUGCCCAUCUGUGAUAUGUCCCAGCCAAUCACGGCUGGCGGGUCAAAGUUCCGACUUAUGUAUGAGGUUGAGAGCGUCAUCAAUGCAGUCAAGGCCAUUGCCGAUGGUUUGGACAAGACCCUCAGGUCGUAUUGCGGCACUGGUUACAAAAAUGUCUGUAAUGACUUUAUCAAUGCGGCUGACAAAGGAAAGGUCUUCCUGGAUACCAUCAAAGCUGUCUCCUUCCCCAUCGAGAAUAUGUUGGCUCCCAACACCUUCCAAUUCAGUGGGAAGUCGGCGGUUGUGCCGUUUGAGGUGUACAGUUAUAAGGCUGGGCGUUAUGUAAAGCCCAAUCACGUCUGGCCGUAACUGGGAGCAAGAUAUCUGGACUCUGUCUACGAUGAACGCCGUCUACGCAAUCGCCAAGGCUACCAACAAUGUCAAGGUUUCGGUGUGUGGGCCGGGUGUUGCUCUGUGCCCGGGUUUCUUCACCCAAGACGAUGUCCACAGCAAGAUCAUGGAUGAGCUUGAUCGAGAAAACUUCACAGACAUUGCUGGAAUGGCCUUCAAGUUCUUUGAGCGAGAGGCUGACCGGGGAUACAAAAUGUACAGAUACAGACCUAACAUUGCUCCUCAAGAAGAGGGCGUCCUGACCCGUACGACGGCCCUAAGUCUCUCUAACAGCCUGGCUCUUAAGGAGCUCUAUGCCAGUCUGAGGUCGCAAUGUCCUGGGGACUGUCUCACCUGCAAGACCUCGGCCACGGACCUGCAGGAUUUCACGCUCAUCUCGGGGGAUAUUUACAUUGUUGGUCUGUUUGACAUCCACAAUGAAGGCUACUCUCCUUACACAUGUGGAGAAAUCAACGGCAAGCACGGUCUACAGCUGCUUGAAGCUUUUAACUUUGCCAUAGAGUAUGUCAACAACCAUACAGGGAUGUUCAGCGACAUUCUGCAAGGUGUUCGUAUCGGUGGUGUUGGCCUCGACAUGUGCAAGUCUCCGACGCGAGCCGCGAACCUGGUGGCCAACAUCCACAGUGGCGACGUCACCCUCAGCAAGGACGGCGAGACUGUUUACCCUCGCCGGAUCGACGCGUAUGUGGCUACCAUGGACACAGAGUCGUCUAUCCGUGUGGCUGAUGUCCUUACACAGUUAGCUGUGCCACAGAUCAGCUACGGUGCAACAGGCAUGGACUUACUAAACAGGAACAAGUACAAAUACUUCCUGCGCUCGGUGCCGGCGGAUGACAAGCUGGCCAGAGCCAUCGUCUCUUACUUGAAAAAGUUCAGCUACACCAAUAUUCAGGUUGUCUACUCGUUUGACGAGAUCGGGGAGCCGGGCUUGGAGGAGUUUGAAAAGGUGGCGUUUGUCAACAAGAUCUGCGUGGGUCGCAAACAUCUCGUGGGUGAGUCGGGGAUGGUCAGCGAACAGGAAGCCAGGGCCGUGGUGAACAGGAUUUCCAACACACGCAACCCUGAGGAUGAGGUUGUGGUCCUGUGGAUGAAGAACCCACUCCCUAUACUAGAGGCAGUCAACAAUAACGACGAAGUGGCCCGUCAUUUUCUGUUUGUAGUGACGGACAAGUGGGGUGCUGACCCAGAUUUCCUAAAGAUGAGUUCUCUCCAAACUCUUCUGCGGUUCAAGAAUCUGGUCACUUUUGACGUGGAGACGGCCGAUAUUCCAGCCUUCGACAUGUACCUGGAACACAAAACCCCGGACAACUACCGCUCCAACCCCUGGUUCCAGGAGUACUUCGAGCACCUCCAGGGCUGCUCUUGGGGGGCAGCGGCCGGCGGUGCGGUCAAGCCUUGCGACCCGAGCUCCACCAUCCCGCGGGCGGAUGAAUAUGUCCAGGACCCGUACGUCCUUUAUGUGAUCAAUGCUGUGUUCUCGGUGGCGCUGGGACUGGACGACGCCCUCAAGGCCAAGUGUAAAGUGCCAGGCGUGUGUGACCAGUACAGGAAUAGUGGAGAGAGGAGGCAAAGGCUGAUGACGGGGAUUGAGAAGGUUAUGUACACGGACGACACCCACCAACCAUUCUUCUACACGGAGGAUGGACAGAGUGACCGUGGCUACCACAUCUACAAUGUGACCAGUGCAUCCGCCACCACUGGUACUGAGUUCUCCUACAUGAAUGUGUGGAUCUGCAGAGACUUUUGGCAUUUUUCUUUGCCAUUGACCGCAUCAACAACAAUGCUGACUUCACUUUGCUAGACUCCAUCAAGCUGAACGGCCUUGCUUUGGACAGCUGUACCCAUGGUCUUCGCCUGGGCCAGGACGUGUACAACGUGCUGAGUGGUAACCAGUUGUGCGACACAGACGAAGGUGGGCAGCUGGUGGCCCCGUCCUCCAUCAUCGGCUUUGUAGUGGACAAAGACAAGAACACACUGCCCAUCAGCAGCAUGCUGGCACAGCAGAAAAUCACCACCAUCUCCCCGACGGCCACUCUCUCCGUCCUCAACAACCGCUACCAAUACCCGUACUUCCUGCGUGUGCGCAACGACAACGACAAGCUGGCUGAAGUGAUUCUGAGCAUCGGCCGCAGGGUGGGCUGGGACUACAUGAGCGCCAUCUACACUGACAACAUACAGCACAGGUCUGCGGCUGCUUCCCUGCUGGCUGCGUCGAAGGACCGGGGUGUGUGUAUGGCUGAUGCGGCAGGACUGGCUGAGGACGCAACUCUGGAGGAUGCCAAGCAAGUUUUGGAGAAGGUGGCGAAACAGGUUGGAGCGCGUGGAGUCGUCCUGUUUGUGGAUCCCCCCCACCUCACCCUCCUCCUGCAGGCUAGCAGAGAGGCCGGCCUGAGCGGCGCCUUCACUUGGGUGGUGCCAUCAGACUGGGCCCACUCGGGGGAGAACAUUGCAGGGCUGGAAGAUGAGGUUUCCGGAUCUAUCACCAUCGAGACUCGAACAGCCAUCCUGGAGGAGUUUACGGAUUACGUAAGAAGUCUGACGUACAACAACAGACAAGGGAUUCCAGACGACUGGUUCAUGAACAUAUACCAGGCAAUCCAUCAGUGCAGUCUUAUUGAUGUGGAGAUCCCACACAUUAGACGUUACCCAGGAGUGUGUACCAAAGGAGAGGUCAUAACACGCGACAUGAUCGCUCAGGACCCCUCUGUGCUGCACGUCAUCAUUAGCGUAUUCUCAGCUGCGCUCGGACUUAACAACAUUCCACAAUGCUUACGCUCAUCCCUGGAUAUAGCUGCCUGUCUGCAGCUGCAGGAGAGGAGGAAUGAACUCAUCUAUGAUGGGAUCUCUGGGGUCAACUUCCAGGUUCUCCCCGACCUCCUGGGCCAGGACUCGUUCCAGUUCUCCUUUGACAGUAACAGUAACGGCCAGAUGGGAUACAUCAUCAAGAACUACCGUGCCGUGUUGGACAGUGAGAAGUCUCGCUACAAUGGUUCCAGUUACGCUGCUUUCCCCAUUGGUGGGUACAGCUCAAACGGCCUGUCCCUUGACCUGUCACUCUACGGCGGCGGUCGCUCCCUGGAGAGCGGUGCUGUGCCGGCCUCCAUCUGUGCUCUGGGCUCCACCUGUACCUGUCAGCUGCCAGGAGGACAACAGUGGGACUACUCACCCGCGCCCAUACUGGAUCCUUCCAAUGUGCAGGUGGGAGGCACCUACAGAGAUCCAGAGACAGGCGAAGCUGUGACCGUCACAGGAAUACCUCAGACCUCCGACCGCUUCAACAAAGCAUGGGGCAUAAUCCUAGCCAUCCUGGCCGCCAUUGGUGCCGUUAUCUCCUUCGGAUUAUUCGUCUUCCUCCUCAUCAUGUACCCGAUCCGAGGUGGAACUUCCAUUUUAGGAUUCAUCUUGGCUUUCGGAAUCGUCCUGCUGUAUCUCAUGGUUUUCCCAUUUAUCGCCCACGCGGAUGAGCGUAUCUGCGGUUUGCGACGUUUCUCGCUAGGGGUGGUGUACGCGUUGGUGUACUCGGCCCUGCUGGUGAAGCUUGUGGACUGCUGGAGGGUGCGAGGGAAGGGAGAGAGCUACAACGUCAAGUAUAGCAAGCUGGGACGUCCGGCCGGGCUCUUUAUGGUCACCAUCUUCUUGGUUUUGGUGCAGGUGAUGAUCAACGCCGAGUGGCUGAUCCUUCGACCCCCUGAUGUAGUGCGUGUGUUCUACGAAGAGCAGUUCUGGCCUCGCUGCAGCACGCACGACUUCUACGACGAAAGUCUGGUUCUCUCCCUUGUCUACGUCAUGGUCCUCAUCGUGCUCUCGCUUGUCCUGUCCCUGCUGACCUUCACCUCGACCACCAACCACCGCGAGUCCCGCUGGAUUCUGGGCAUCACCGUCAUCUCCAUCCCCUGCUGGGUUAUCUGGUGUAGUGUGGCCACAUUGGGCGCCUACUCUGUGCGGGACCCGGCUGUAGCGGUCGGACUGUUGGUCAACGCGACGGUCAUGUUGCUGCUGGUUCCUGUGCGGAAGUUGUACCUGCUGCAUAAGUACAAUGCGCUGAUAGAGGAGGAGGAGGAGAGGGAGAGUCAGUACGCUGCCAGUCACAAGGACAAUGACUACAACUCGGUGUACGGGAGACAGUACGACAACCACCCCAGACUACACGACACCAGCUCCAACCACGGCUCAUCCAGGGCCUACUAGGAGAUGAACACUGCAUGAUUUUCUAAUCAGCGUUGACCCCAGCAAGCUAAGUGUUAGUCACAGAAGGAAAAUGUGAAUCGAGUUGUUCUGGAGUUUGUUCGAAUAUACAAUACCAUUUCCUUUUUCUUUCUGUCUCCCCCCCCCCCCCCCCUCCCUUUC